ACAGCUUAUUGGGUGGGUCCAUCAUCAAUUAUUUAAUCCAACUCCCAUAUCCUCUUUCAGAGUCUGUCCUAGAUUCUCCUCACUGCAUACUGUAGGUCGGGACAAACUAUCAACGCUCAAAAUGUCUAAAGAGGUCCCACGUGAGCCGGAGCAGCUUCGGAAGCUCUUCAUCGGAGGUUUGAGCUUCGAGACAACAGAUGAGAGUUUACGUGCUCACUUUGAACAAUGGGGAACGUUAACAGACUGUGUGGUCAUGAGGGAUUCUCAGACAAAGCGGUCACGAGGAUUUGGAUUUGUUACAUAUUCUUCUGUGAAAGAAGUCGAUGAGGCCAUGUCAGCUAGGCCUCACAAAGUAGAUGGAAGGCUUGUCGAGCCUAAGCGUGCAGUGUCCAGAGAGGAUUCCAACAGACCUGGAGCACACAUCACAGUCAAAAAGAUAUUUGUGGGUGGUAUCAAAGAGGACACAGACGAAGGCCACCUACGUGACUAUUUUGAACAAUUUGGCAAAAUUGAUGCUAUCGACAUCAUGGUUGACCACAAAACUGGCAACAAGAGAGGCUUUGCAUUCGUCACAUUUGAUGACCAUGAUGCAGUUGACCGUAUUGUCAUCCAGAAGUACCACACAGUGAACAGUCACAACUGUGAAGUGAGGAAGGCCCUCUCCAAGCAAGAGAUGCAGAACACUGGAAGGGGAGGAGGAGGCGGUGGCAACUUUGGCAGAGGUGGUGGAUAUGGCAAUGACUUUGGUGGUGGACGGGAGGGCUACUUUGGAGGCCGUGGAGGAGGAAGAGGAGGUGGUGGUGGAGGAGGAUAUGGUGGUGGAGAUGGCUACAACAAUGGUUACGGAGGCGAUGGUGGAUUUCAAGAAAAGGAUUCAAGAGUAGUCCCAACUGAAGACUCUCUGUCUUUAGGUGGCUACGGCGGUGGGCCUGGGUAUGGCGGAAACCGUGGAUAUGGAGGAGGUGGAGGCGGUGGAGGCUAUGGCAACCAGGGUGGUGGUGGUGGCUAUGGAGGCAAUGGCUAUGACAACUACAAUGGCAACGGUGGCAACUAUGGUGGCAACUUUGGCGGUGGUGGUGGUGGAGGCGGUGGCGGCAACUACAAUGACUUUGGCAACUACAACAACCAGCAGUCAAACUACGGCCCCAUGAAGGGUGGUAACUUCGGAGGUGGCGGCGGCGGUGGUGGCAGGAGUGGUGGCCCCUAUGGUGGUGGCUAUGGAGGUGGAUCUAGUGGUGGUGGCGGCGGUGGCUAUGGAGGUGGCUCAGGAGGACGGCGCUACUAGACGUUUUUGACAGGACUCAGUACUUAGGAGAGUGGAGAACAGGAGAGAGGAGAACAGGAGAGGUGACAGGGCAGCUGCAGGUUUACUCCCGCUAGAUCUGCUCAGCCAAACAGUUGUGGCAGGUUACCGCUGCCACAAAGAAGAGAUGUGUACAAUAGUGCAAAAAUCAUGUGUGAGGUUUCAUGAAUUUUGUGUUUGUCAAACAGGAUUAUUUUAUAUGUCAUUUCUGGAUAAGCAUUCCAAUGAGGUUUUUACAUGUAGAUUACUUUUAAGUCAGUCCCAUCUUUAUUUUUAUGUAAAUGAAACCAAUCAAGUUGAAAUAAACGUGUUUCUUUUUUUUAAACCGA